AUGGUCCUGGACCGCGACAACGAUCGCGAUCAGCGCUACGCGCAACGACAGCUCGAGCAGCAAUGCCUCGAACAACAACGCCUCGAACAACAACGCCUCGAACAACAACGCCUCGAACAACAACGCCUCGAGCAGCAACGCCUCGAGCAGCAGCAAGCUUUGGACAUCGUCGCAGGGGAUUUGGCAUCAGCAGGAGGUUCGGCAGCAGCAGGAGGCUUGGCAGCAGUAGAAGGCUUGGCAGCAGCAGGAGGAUUGGCAGCGGGAGGAGCCCUUCCACGACUUCAACCGCAACAAAAUUUUCCGCUGGCUGAUCUUGGUGCCGUUGGAUUUGGAGCGCCUCAGGUUCACCGUGUAGCAGUGCGUUUGCCAACCUUUUGGUUAGACAAGCCGGCUGUCUGGUUUGCGCAAGCAGAAGCGCAGUUCGCUCUCGACAACAUCACCACGGAGCUGACGAAAUAUUAUCAUGUCAUCUCGCAACUCGACGGCCGUGCUGCUGCAGAAGUCGAGGACAUUAUAACCAACCCGCCGGUCAUUGAGUCGUACACGCAUCUACGACAGCAGUUGAUCGAUCGACUGUCAUCAUCGGAAGAGCAGCGCGUCCGUCAGCUACUGCACGACGAAGAGCUCGGUGAUCGUAAGCCAUCACAAUUUUUGCGACACCUGAAAUCGCUGGCUGGUCCAACGCCGUUGCAACCGAAUCUCCUACGUCAUUUGUGGCUGAGACGACUACCCCCGCACGUCCAAACUGUGUUAACAACUCGACCUGAGCUUUCGUUGGAGCAGCUUUCAGACUUGGCGGAUAAAAUCGUGGAAAUCUCGCCGCUUUUCUCCGUGCAUGCAGUUGAACAUGAUUCUGAGCAAGUAAGCCUCACGAAUGAUUCGCUUAUUGACGCUAUUAAACAGCUAACUCUGGAGUCAGUAGCGGCGACUGACUGUCCUUCGUCCAGCAGCCGCUUAUUCGUUGACGAUCACUACACCAAGAAACAGUUCCUCGUCGACACUGGCUCGGAUUUAUGCUGUUUUCCGAAGCGUUUUCUUCGUUACCGUCAUGCUGUCGCGGACCUCCAACUCAGUGCAGCCAACAACAGCGUCAUCAAGACCUAUGGAUACAUAAAUCUGAAACUCAACCUAGGUCUCAGAAGAGAUUUCAUGUGGAAAUUCAUCGUAGCUGACGUAUCAUCACCGAUCCUCGGAUCCGAUUUUUUGGCUCAUUAUCAUCUGCUUCCGGAUUGCCGCGAUAAGCUUUUAAUCGAUAUGUCGACUGGUCUCAAUGCCAUUGGGCACCUGUGCCCGUCUAUGGAAUGCAGUGUAAAAGCGAUCGUGAAGUCUCACGAUUUCUCCGACAUCAUUGCCGAUAACCCUGCUCUCACUCGUCCACCAGUUUGGCCUCGACCGAUCAAACACGAUACAGUGCACCAUAUCCGCACGUCUCCAGGGCCGUCUGUUUCUUGUCGUCCUCGUCGUCUCGCUCUUGAAAAAUUCAAGAUCGCAAAGGACGAAUUUGAUCAAAUGCUACAACUUGGUGUUUGCCGUCCAUCGGAGAGCCCUUGGUCAUCGCCCCUGCAUUUGGCACGGAAAGGCGCUAAUAAUUGGAGACCCUGCGGUGAUUUUCGUUCCCUCAACAGCCGCACUCUACCCGAUCGUUACCCUGUCAGGCAUAUCCACGAUUUUUCAAAUGACAUCGACGGCUGUGUGAUUUUCUCUACGAUUGACUUGGUAAAGGCGUACCAACAGAUCCCUGUACACCUGGAUGACAUCUGUAAAACAGCAAUCACGACACCUUUUGGCUUGUAUGAAUUUCCUUUUAUGACUUUUGGAUUAAAAAAUGCAGGUCAAACUUUCCAACGCUUCAUGGAUGAAGUGACUCGUGGGCUUCCCUUUUGCUACGUGUAUAUCGACGAUAUUCUUGUGUAUUCGCGAAGCAAAGAAGAGCACAAGCAGCAUCUUCGUCAGUUAUUUGCACGUUUACACGAAUACGGCCUCGUUCUCAAUGCUGAUAAAUGCAAGUUUGGUCUCGACUCCGUUCAAUUUUUGGGCUACACAGUAUCAACUGAUGGUAUUCGUCCCCCUGCUGAGCGUAUUCAAGCAAUCGUCGACUACCCUCUACCCAAGACGGCUCAAGGUUUGCGUCGUUUCAUCGGGAAGUUCGAUUUCUAUCGUCGUUUCAUUCCUCACGCGUCUGAACUCGAAGCACCUCUCCACGAUGCGCUUAGCAAUCCUCAGUUGAAAGGCUCUCAGCCGGUGCCUUGGUCACCGCAGCUUGAAGAAAGUUUUUAG